AUGGAGGAAGAUGAACAAUGGUUUUCGGAAAUGGACUGGGGCCCCACCGGGGGCGAACUCGACAUCCCAUUGCGGGACCCCUCUCCACUACCCUAUAUACAGCAACAACACCAUUCGCCAAGCGCCGCCGCGCUCGAUUUACCAUUCGAUGAAUUCUCACAAGUUUUCGAUGAAAUGGAGAAUCGAGCGAUUCCGUCGUAUCACAUGGAGACGUCGCACAUCCAGCAGAGCUCCUCGACGCAAUAUGCUGAAAUGAGACCAAUGCAACAACCAUCACAGCAACAAGAAACGGUUGUCUAUCAUCAACGGCAACAAGUGAACUAUUUGGAUGCGCAGGGUCAACCGCAACAAACCACAUACUAUCAGUACGAUUCAACGGGGCAACAACAGCCACAAAUCCAUCAACUACAAUCACAACACAUGCAAAACACUCAAAUCCAAAUGUUGUCUGAGACGCAAAUCGUGCAAAUGAAUGAUUCCUCGCAGAUCCUCAUAGAACCCUCCACUUCACAAGUGCCCAUGCAACAGCCCCAACAAAUCAUUCAACAAUCCUCCACCCUGCAACCCGUUCAACCCCCACCAUUGUCCAAAGGAAAAGCUCGCUCAAACAAUCGCCCAAAUGGUUCACGGAGUAAAAAACCGCCUUCACAAUCGGCGAAUUCGGUGGGUGCAGUGUUGGCGACAGCGAAUCGGAUGGCAAAACAAGUGGGAGGAGGGGAGACGGCCAGCUCAUCGGAAAUGGCUUCAUCAUUGACACUUACACUUGAACAAGCUCAAAUGGUGGCUGAAUUUGGAAGUGAAAUCGCUCGCUUGAAAGAGGUGCUCAAACAGGCGCCCGAGUUGGAGAAGCAGAAGAUUCAGGCCCGAAUCAACGAGUUGACGACCAAGACGCAGAAUAUUUUCUUUGAGACUCUCAAGCAACAACAUGCUGAAUUGGCUCAAGUAGUGGCUCAACCCGAACCCACUCCCCAACCUCCACCCAACAAGACUCGUCCACCAAUAAGGCCGAUGAAUCAACCCUCUCAACUCCGACCUCAACCCCAGCCUCCCCAACAAUUCUAUACGCCCGUGCAGCAGCAGAAUAUUCAGACAACCCCGAUUUCUGUGCCUUCUCAGCAAAUCUCUCAAAUCACGACCACCCCAUUGGCCGCAAAUCGACGCCAACCUGUGCCAAAGAACCAACAAAUGCCCCUAGCCUAUGUGAAAUCAAUUCCGUCAACAUCUUCCUCAAAUCCACCCACCCAAUUCAUUCAACAACCGCCUCCACAAACAACUGGACCAAAUGGGCAACAGAUUAUCACCAGUCACACCAGUCAACCGACAUCGCAGCCUCAAAUUCAACACUUCACUCAAACGCAAUUUCAACAAGUUGCUGGUCAAAUGAUGCAAGUGCAAGGACACGAGCCGACAGUCGGAGAGGUAGUAAAAGUUGUGUUUGGUGGACCGUCGGGUGAAGCUACGGGAAAUGUGGGAGGUGGACGUGGAAGGCAGCAAGUUGUACUUCAACAACAACGAAGUGGAAACAAUCAACAAACGAUGAUGAUUAGGGGAAUGCAGGCGACCCAAGCAAUCCAUUUUCAACACCAACCACAACAAGUCAUCAUUGUUGAGGCACCACCACAACCGAUUCAGAUCCCGCGAAUGAAUCCGGCUGAAUGUGCGAAACGAAUGGCGGAAAGGAGAGAGGCGAAAGCACAACGUUUACGAGAAGCUUUCACCAAUCUCGCAUCCCGAAUUGACAAUCCACAAACGGAGAAAAAGUUUGAGUCAAUGAGCGAUGUGAUGAAUCGUCUCCUUCCGUAUGGCCUUUUCGAUGAGCCUCAUAUUUCUGAUGAGUCUAUUGAUGCUGCUGAUCACCAUUUGAUGCGAAGAUUUGCGCAUCUUUCCGUCAAAAACAAUCUCCUCAUGAAGCGCUUUCGGAAAGCUUUCGUCGAUGAAGCGCAGCGCGAGUGCAACUCUCAAGAGAAAAAUCUGUUACUCUAUUUGGAGCUCGAGUACGAGAAGAGAAAAUUCGAAGAAGAUAAGGCACUUUGUCGAGAGGAAAGGGGACAAGAAAGGCUAAUCGAGAGCUCAUCUCUGAUACCGGCACUUCGAGAGGCCGGCAUUUCAGAUCCCCGUGCUGUUUCCCGACUCUCCAAAGGACCCGCCCCACCAAGAAUUGGGAUUUUUGCUUACGAGUAUCACCCGUUCAACGAUGUGCCUUCACCCAACCCACGACCUCCACCCUCGCCCAGCCCACCGCCAUAUGUGCCUUCAUCGUCAGCUUCAUCUUUCCUUUCAUCACCACCACAAUCACAAUCACAAUCACUUACAACAUCCAGUCGUCAAUCUUCUCGAUCACCCGAGAAAAUCUACAAACGCCAACCACCAGCUAGGCCAAUCGCCUCCAAAGAACCAAGAUCAGCUAAAUUUGUCGAAAAGAAGAGAUCUCUGGAGGAUGAAAUGCCGAAGAUUCAAAAACCCCAAUCACCAGUUGUUAUCAAAGAGAACCUUCAACCAAUCACCGAAUGUCUCGAGUUGAAAAAGGAGCCGGAAGAGAAGAACAAAUUUAAGACAAUGCGUUCUCCACCAACCCGUUACCCUCAACCAUUGAAGAUGAGAGCGAAAGCACACGAUAGAAAAGAAAGAGAAGAAGAUCGAGCAAAUGAGGAAAGAAGAAAAAGAGAGGAAUGGAUAGCGGAUAAAGUGUUGAAAGAAGAGACAUUGGCACAAACGAUUAAAGCUGGAACCACAUCGACUACAGCUGCAUCAAUGGGUAUCAAGACGAAGUUGACACUUCCAUCAACGGCACAGAUUCCACAAUCGAAAGUCGCUUCAACAAAAGAGCAAAAGCCAGUUUUGCCAGCUAAAGUCUGUCGAAGUGAGUCGAAUUUGGAGGAAGAAGCAUCAGAUGAAACGAGAUCGGGAACAGCAUCACCAGAAUUAGGAGAAGAGAAGGGAAAAGGAAAAGAAAGAGAAAAAACCCCUCCACCGUCAUCCCAUCCAUCAACUAUCAUCGUUGGCAUACCGAGCACCAAAGUGCCGUUGGCCGCCUUGGCGAGGAGACCGCUGCAGCAAAACCAUCUCCCCGAUUCAUCUCCCAAAAUGCCACCCCUAUCAAUCAACGCAAAUUUGUGGUCAUUGAAAGCAAAAGAACGAACAAAUGAAGAGAAUCGAGCUGAACCAAUUAAACUCAAGCUUAAACUCGGACCUGUUAUGAUGGAGAAAGUUCUCUCGGAGAGUCCAGCAAACGAAGAAGGGAGAAAGAAACGAAAGAAGGAAAAGAAAGAAAAGCGAAAGAAGGAGAAAAAGCAGAGAAUGGAUGAAGAUGUUUAUGAUUUCGAGGAUGAUCAAUCGAUUAAAACGCUUGUCAAUGGAGAGCAUUCAGGGUGGAAUGGAACGCAUGAUGAGAGCGAGCCGUGCUGCUCGAAAUCGUUGAGUCCUGAAAGGGUGAUCGUUGAACCGCUCGUCUUUCAGAUCAACAAAACCGAUAAUCCAUUGAAAAUCAAAAUCAAGAAACUUGGUCUCUCUGCCUCUCCAUCUAUCUCACCGAUUCCAUCACCGAUUCCUCGGUCGACUUCCGGUUUGAAGCUGAGAAUCUCGAAGCCGAGAAGCGAGUCGCCAAUCGUGCAAAUUAAGACCGAACCACCGCAACCCAUGAUCGCAGUACCAAAGUUGAAGAUCACCUUCGGGAAACCGCCACCACCACCCGUACUGCACCUACAACAGCCAAGAGUUGCACCGGACGAGCCAAAAGAACCUAAAGUGAUCCUGAAAAUACCUGAGAAGAUCAAGAUCGACGCAUCAAAUGGACACACUGAGGCUUCUUCACUCCCAAAGAUCCCACCGUUAAAGAUAAAACUUGGACCUCCACCCCCAGAAAAGAAACUCGAGAUCAUUCAACCGGAAAAGAAGAUUGAGAAAGUGGAAAAGCCUCCAGAAAAUCAACAAGAACAAGAAGAAAAACAAGAAGAAAAACAAGAACAACAACGAGAACAACAACGAGAACAACAACGAGAACAACAACGAGAACAACAACGAGAACAAGAACGAGAGAAACUUCCACUAGUCAUGAUAAAGCCUCCAUCUCGUGUCUCAUCGAAUUCUCCAUCACCGCCACCGCUUCGACCAAUCACCACACAACGGGCUUCCGAUCAAGGAAGAGCACCGUUCACGAAAGAAAGCUCCCCUUUGAAACACCCUCAAAAGAGCUCGACAUACAAGCCAUUCCCGCAUGGAGUCAAGAAAGGAUCAGCUCGACCAAUGCCCACAGCUCAACAAAUCUUCGGCAAUCCGGGAAAAGCUUUAUUCAAACGGGGUCCCCAAUCUCGAAGUCGGCCAGCCGGGAAUCCAUCUCAACCCCGUCGACAUCCAUCUCCUCCACAACAAUCUCAUCAAUCAAUUCAUUCAAUGAAUCGUCCGAUCCCUCUUUCUCGUCCUUCUGUCGUUCUCCCAAAACCGACACCGCCUCCACCCUUUUCCCAAUCAAAACCCCAACCCGUUUCUGCUCAACAAACGAGUAUCGUUUUCUCUGAUGACGAAGACGAAGCCGAGUCGAGUUCCCAGCACCGCUCUGAGUCUGAGAUCGAGGCCGCUCUCGCUCGUUUCGGUCUCGUUUCAAGUACAUCCGAUGGAAUGAAUGGUUUCCUCAAAACUCUUGAUCCCCAUCGAUCAAAU